UUUAUAUUAAAUUCUAUAUAUGUAUAUAGAAUAUUCUAUAUAUAUAUAUAUAUUUCUAUAUAUAUAUAUAUAUAUUUAUAAUUCAAAUUUAUUUGUUCUAUACGCGAAUUUCUAAUUGAUUAUUUGUAUCUUGUUUUAUCGUAAUAUUGAUCAAUGUGUACGACGUAACAAGAUUUCCAUAAAAUUAUUUUUAAUAUAUAAACCUAAUCUAAAUUAUUCUCAGGAAUUUUAUUAAUAAAUUAGUUGAAAUAAUUAUAAUGCCGGCCCCUAGUUCACUUAGCGUAGCCGUUAUUUGCUCCAGUAAUAUGAACAGAAGCAUGGAAGCGCAUGCUUUUUUAAGUAAAAAAGGCUUUAACGUUAAAUCUUUUGGUACUGGAGAUAAAGUCAAAUUACCAGGGAAUGCUCCAGAUCGUCCUAAUAUAUAUGAUUUUGGAACAACAUAUGAUGAAAUCUAUAAUGAUUUAUUAAACAAGGAUAAACAAUAUUAUACACAAAAUGGAUUGUUGCACAUGUUGGACAGAAACCGUCGGAUAAAGCCUAAGCCUGAAAGAUUUCAACUGUCUAAAGAAAAAUUUGAUAUUUUAAUAACCUGCGAAGAACGUGUAUACGAUCAAGUAAUCGAAUGUAUGGAAUCCAGACCACAAGAAGAUAAUCAACCUGUUCAUCUUAUUAAUCUUGAUAUUCAAGAUAAUCAUGAAGAAGCUACAGUCGGAUCCUUUCUUAUUUGCGAAUUAGUCACUGUGCUGGCCAACAGUGAAGAUUUAGACAAUGACAUAGAUGAAUUGUUGCAUGAAUUUGAAUCGAAAUUUGCUAGAACAAUUUUGCACACGGUACUUUUCUACUAAGGUAAUUGAAACUAUUGAAGCGAUACUACCUAUAUAGGUACCAACCUAAUUUAUAAAAAAAAAAAAGAAAGGAAAAAAGAAAAAACAAUAUGUAAUUUUUAUUAUAUCCGUUUCCUGAAUUUACUGAUAUAGAUCUAAGGAUAAUAAUGAAGACGAAUGAUAAGUGCUUCCUAUAUAAAUAAUGAUCAUUUUUGUUUAAAUAAAUUUUGUAAAUCUGACAAAUUUGUAUUAUAUAUAGAAUUUAUAUAGCAGAUAUGUGCGCCAAGUUAAAAAGAUGAUUGUAUUGAGGAAUAGGAUGUCAAUAUAUUGGCAAGAUAUUAAUAAAAUUAAAUAUAAAGGUUAUGAGAACAUAAAA